AUGAGGCAUAACAAUCAAGAAGACAGCACCAUUGACUCACCGUUGUUGAAGGUAGAAUUCGAAGUAGGAAGGACCUUGAUACUACAACCUAAGCAAGUUGUAAGAGGCACCGUAGUACUCAUAAUACCAGAGGGAAGUAGGUCAUUAUGGGUUUCCGGAGUUAAGAUCAGAUUUAGAGGGCAAGAAACUGCUUCUGUUAAGUCAAAGGACGCUGAAACAGGGGCAUUGCGUCGUGCGAAUGUUGCACGGACGAUAUACUUCGAACGUAAUUAUGUUGUCUGGCCUAGUCCUUCGGAAAGUCAACCGAGAGCAAAUGAAUAUCGUCCCUGGUCGGAGCUUAAUACAGGAAUAUAUAGAUUUGAUUUUGCGUUAAAGUUGCCAGCCGUUAAUUUCCCCCCAUCGAUCGAGGGUCCUAAAGGAUUUUCAAUACGUUAUCUUUGGCAACCAAUAAUAGAAGGUUCAGGAGGACCCCUUGUUGAAG